CACUGCUACUUUAACACUUUAACCACAUAAUAAUGAUGUAGGCUUGGGUAUCCGCCAGUUCAGGUCUAGAAGCCGACAUGGGAGGGAGGCUACUCUUGAUUGCGGCAUUCGUCUCACUCGCACAUGGAGCGGCUGUGGACAUCACGGUGCUGGACGUGCCGGGAAUCAAACUCCGUCUCGAAAACAAUCCAUUCGGGGGACUCAACUUUGUUUUGACGAGAAAAGGCAUAACCGAAGUAAUAUCGGUGAUCGGCCGCCGCACGGGUGCUAUUAAGGAUGUGGUCCAAGACGAAGACGUAGUGAUUCAGUUUGCCAAAGACACUACGGUCAGGAUCAGCACAGAGGAGGUAGCCGAAGAGAGGAGAGGCCAAGUCAUCACUCUCACUUGGGAGGCGCCCAAGGGAGAGAGGUUAGAGGACUGCGUCAACCUAGGUGAGUUAGGUUCCAAGCACUGGUACGGGGGACCACAACAAAAGCGACAGUAUUGGCCCAUUGAGCGGCUUGUCCUACCAAACUACUCAUACGUAACCAAAGAAGCAGACAACUGCGGAGUCGCCGAGCCCUAUUGGUUGAACUCCGACGGAGUGUUCUACUAUUUCGACAAAAAAGUCCCACUAUUUGUCGACCAAAACGACUUGGAAAAAAACGCGGCCUGCUUCAUCGCACAAAUCAAAGCACCGUACACAAACAAACGAGAACGCAACGAUUUAAUUUACGCCAUUGGAAUUUUCGAGGAUGUUCGAAAAGCGCAUGAAUAUGCUGUCGAUAAGUACUUGAAUAAAACCAGUGGCAUACCAGAUGAGAGGAUGAUCACGCAUCCAAUCUGGUCUACUUGGGCGAGGUAUAAAAGAGAUGUCAAUCAUGAUGUGGUACUGAAAUUCGCUGAUGAAAUCAAAGCCAAUGGUUUUUCCAAUAGUCAACUGGAGAUUGACGAUCUUUGGGAGACGUGUUACGGAUCGCAAACAGUAGACAAGAAGAGGUUUCCGAAUAUGAAGAACACAGUAGAUAAUCUGAAGAAAAAAGGUUUCAGAGUGACAAUUUGGACGCACCCUUUCAUCAAUAAAAACUGCGAGCCUUAUUAUACAGAGGCGUUGGACAAAGGAUACCUAGUAUCAUCAGAAUACGGAUCAGUGGAAACGAGCUGGUGGAACGACAACGAGACGACGACAGCGUACAUCGAUUUCACGAAGCAGGACGCUCGUAACUGGUACAUCGAGCGAUUGAAAAGUCUGCAGGAAGCUACCGGUAUCGACAGCUUCAAAUUCGACAGUGGGGAAUCUAGCUGGUCUCCUCAGAUACCGGUACUGCAGAGGGAUGUGAGAGAUCAGCCGGGGAUCAUCACAGCUGACUACGUCCGCGCGGUGUCACAGUUUGGACCCAUGGUGGAAGUCAGAACUGGAUACAGAACCCAAGACCUUCCAGUCUUCGUGCGCAUGAUCGACAAAGACACCUAUUGGACCUUCGAGAACGGGCUCCCCACUGUGAUCACGACCCUCCUGCAAAUGAACAUGAACGGCUAUGGCCUAGUGUUGCCAGACAUGAUCGGAGGCAAUGGUUACAUUGAGCCCCCGACCAAGGAACUUUUCAUACGGUGGCUACAGGCGAACGUGUUUAUGCCCAGCAUGCAGUUCUCGUACGUGCCUUGGGAGUUUGAUAACGAGACGAUAGCGAUAUGUAAGAAGUUCGUGGACCUGCACGCAAAAUUCGCGCCUAAGAUAAUAGCGACGUGUCGGAAGUCAAUGGAAACAGGCGCGCCCGUCAACCCUCCCAUUUGGUGGGUGGCGCCCAACGACACAACAGCACAUGAUAUUUGGGAUGAGUACUUGUUAGGAGACUCGAUCCUAGUGGCACCCGUAGUGGAGCGAGGCGCGCGGUCGCGUGACGUCUACCUCCCCGCCGGCACGUGGCUGGCCGAGGGAGACCCGGACAGGAAACACAAGGGAGGAGACUGGAUACGAGACUACCCCGCUAAGUUGGACGAGCUACCUUAUUUUAUCAGGGCUUAGGAUUCCUAGACAGAGGAAACUAUAGACUACGUCGUAUCUUCUUACAAGAACGUUACCGAACGUAAUAGAUAAAAGAAUCUUUCGUAUGUACACUCAUGAAAAAACGCGUAUUAGAAUUACAUAAAAGGAAAUGGGACAGAGUUUGUCCCUCGACAUGUGUCCAGUUUUACAACGCUCUGCCAUUUUGUAUGCUAUUAUAUGGCAUACAAAGGGAUAGGCCGAGAACUUAUUUGGAAAUGUCCUAUGUCAUUUCAAUAGGCUAGACCAUUGUCUUUAGUUUUCUUUGUUUUGGUUACGUCUGAUUUGUUUUAGACGUUUUUCGUUUGAAUUUUCAAAAGCAAGGAUAUAAUGAGGGAAACACGAGUGGAUUCGCUGCUAGGGGCGCUGGCGCUGAUGGUAUGUUAGUUUUCAAAGUAAAAUUUGACGUUUGUGUUAAAACGAAAUGAAAAUUUUCUUUAUGGGUAAUAGUCAAACAUAUGGUACAAUCAUGGAAUUAGUAGGUAAGUACUCGUUAUACAAAGUACCUACUAAUUCCAUGGGUACAAUAGAUAAUUUAUGUGACUUAUCUGAGUCACCUAAAUUUAGCCCUUUUCAGCCCGAAAAUUAUACUUAUUAUUAUUACACUAUAUUCUACUAAUCUUACAAUUUAGAAAUUCAUCACAGAAUAAAAAUACUUAACUAAUCAGUUAAACAAAAAUUUUUGCGUAGUCAAUGGAUUUGGUAAUUUGUUUUAUAUUCUUAUCAAUUUUUCAAUUUGUUCUGUACUAGUUAGUUGUGCGCAUGUUCGAGCCGUUCUGGCCACGUGGUCCGAAUUCCCUAGGCAUACAGCGAAUUCACUCGCGUUAAUCCUCAUUCUCUUGUUGUCAUUGUCUUUUUUAUACGUCUAGAUAAGGACAAUUAAAGGAAAGGCGUUUAUGUUUUCUCGUAAUCAUGACCGUAGUUCUCGAUUAGAAAUAACUUUUUAACGUUACUUUUGAAAAUUCGACUACACCAUUUAUUCAAUAUUUAGGUUAAUAGAUAAUUUAUAAAAAUAUGCUAUGUGUGUUUAUAAAUAAAUGUAUAUUGAAGAACUA